GCCUUUAACGCGCGCUUUUCUACGCACAGACCUGCACAGCACCAUUUAUGCGAUUCAGGCUACAUGCUAAAGUAGGACCAGCGUUGGCCUCUCAGACGAAGGUAUACAAAAGACACGGUAUUGCCAGAUUGAACUGCUUAACACCAUCAGUCUACACGGCCAAAGGGAAGUGCCAUUGGCCUGCGACAGCGUAGCAUUCAGCAACAAACUUUGCUAUGGGCAAAAAGUCUCGCGAAGACGACUCCUCGUCCUCUGAUGAGGAAGAGUAUGUUGUGGAGAAGGUGCUGGACAGGAGGGUGGUGAAAGGCAGGGUUGAGUUCUUCCUGAAGUGGAAAGGAUAUUCAGAAAAGCACAACACCUGGGAGCCUGAGAAGAACCUGGGCUGCCCUGAGCUAAUUUCAGAAUUCAUGAAGACCUACAAGAAAGGCAGCAGUGGUGGAAGCUCCUCGUCCAGCGCUGGGGCAAACAAAUCAGUCACAGCCUCCUUGGGACGAUCCAAAGACUCCAGUAGCUCAAAGAAGAGAAGCUCUGAUGAUGAUGAGGAGGGGGGAAGUAAGCCCAAAAAGUCGAAGGAGGAGGACAUCCUUGUUGCCCGUGGCUUUGAGAGAGGACUCGAGCCAGAGAAGAUUAUUGGAGCAACUGACUCAUGUGGAGACCUAAUGUUUCUUAUGAAGUGGAAAGACUCUGAUGAGGCAGAUCUCGUGCUUGCCAAGGAAGCCAAUCAUAAGUGCCCACAGAUCGUCAUAGCCUUCUAUGAGGAACGUCUCACCUGGCAUGAAGACAGUGACAAGAAGGAGAAGGACGUGGUUAGCGCGUGAGUGCGCGCCUCAGGAGGAAAUCGUACCUCCUCCACUGCAGGGACAACCUUGAGUCAGACAUUUUUUCACACCCAAACCUCCCAUCCUUGCUCUUCACCAUGUCCAACAAGGACCAUGAACACAAUCAUGUUAUCUCCAUCCAUGCCCCAUUGGAGCACAAAGGCCCCAGGCUGCUGAGAAGGAUCCAUCAGACGGGAGGGGAAGCUGUAGCGGACAAGGGUGACAUGCUACUGGGGAGGGUUUCUGCUGUUAUGUCUUUGUAUUACCUUUUUUAUUUUUUUUAAAUGUUUUAAAACAUCAUGUUUUAGAUAUGGUUGCCAGUAAGGUAUGUUGCGUCCAUGAGCACAUGUGGCCAACCUUUAAAACUCAUGACCCUGGGUUGGUACAAGCUGUGUUUACUAUAAGCUCCUUGUAGGCAGUACUUCUUUUUGGUUUUAUAACCCAGCAACACCACUGAGGAUAAACCGUAGUAUCUAUAUUCAGGAAGCGAUCACCGCAGCACUUCAUAAUCACUUGUUUUUAAAAGAAACUUUUUUCUUCUUUUAGAUUUGUUUUUCCUGUUUACAGGACAGAACUACUCAAUUUGAAAACUUGCGGACACCGGCCAAUUGAAAAAGACUUUGUAUUGUAGUGAUGAUGUCCUUGUUUCUUUUUUUUCAUUGUAAUUUUCCUUAUUUCCAAGUUUUGUCUUAUGAAAUUCGUGUGGUGUUUUUCUAUUUCUUCACUCAAUCCCCAGUUUAAGAAAAAGGACAAUAAAACACAAACAUUAUGCUCAGUUUUGUACUUUUUUUUUGUUUUUUUGUGUUUAACGGCAGUGUUAUCUUUGGACCUGUCUCAUGUUCACUGGUUUGACAAUCCUUACUGUAUUCACAGAGAAUAAAACCAGCAUUUAUCACUGUUCAUCGGGGUCUGCCACCUUGUGGCUAAAGGAUGAAAAUCUUUCGGACUGUGACCAUUCUCUAUAAUGACAACACUGGCGUUUUGAUGGUGUUCUUAAACUAUUUAGUGAUACUUUCAUACUUUGUUAAAAUUCACCCCACAGUUAAGGUAUUGUUGUUCAUAUCAUUGUACGGUUAAACCGCUUACUGAUUGGAUACUGCAAACCUUCGGUUUUGUUUUGUUGGGUAAUUUAAUAAUUCUCUCCCAUAAUCAUGACAUUUUUCAGGUAUGUUUUGCUUCCAGGGAGCUUACGUCAAUUCUUGUACACAAGAUUGAUGCCGGUUUUGUAGUGUGCUGUGCUCCAACAUGGACUCUUAGGACCAAAUGUUUACCGUCUACAGACAGAUCUGUUCUUCUUUAAUGAGCAUUGUUAAUGAGAGCUGCAACCUUUCCCCCUUUCAUACAUACAGUACAUUAACCAUGUCUCUUGAUAUCAAGAUUAAGGCUUUGUUGUAACUUCCUUUAUAUUAAAAUUGUUUUGUCGUUUCACACCUUU